CAUCGUUUUUUUUUUUUUUCUCUUCUUCUUUAUUGUUGCUGCCUUGCUUUCCUCCCUGUUCUCCCUGUUCUGAGUGCUGGUUUUCUCUCCUCCCUGUCUCCCUCAAAGGGCGCACCCCGCUUACGCUUCUUUUACUUGGACUGCAACCUGAGCCCAGCUUCUCUUUCUCUUUCUCCCCUCCCCUCCUCCCUCUCCCCUCGGCCUUGCCCUCUUUAUUUCUCUUUCUCUCUCUCUCUUCCGCCUUCUUUGUCCUCGUUGACAAUUCAUGGACCUCAUGAGCUCCCGGUUCAGGAACUUUUCCUUUGGGACGAAACGCAACAAGCACAGCGCCAGCCCAGUCCCGCCCGCCCAGGCCACCGCCGCCUCGCCCAGCAGCCUCGUCCCCUCCACCAACGGCUCUGCGGUGCCCAAAUCACCGCCCUCCGGCCAUAGCUCCUCGAGUACCAGUCUGCCGAUGAAUCCUCAACAACAGCAGGGCACCACCCUGGGUCGCCCCCCGAGUUACAGCGGCUACGGCCGUCCCACCAGCCCCAUGCCGCCCGGCGGCCACCAGCAGCAGCAGCAGCAGCAGCAGCAGACGCAGCAGCUCGCCCACCACCCGGGCGCUAUCAAUCCAAACGUCCAGUUCAACAACCCGCAGAGUGUUCAGGGGGUCGGCGCACCCCCGGGGUAUCCGAUGCAGCCGGGUCAGAUGCAGUCCAUGGGUCAGCCCCAGUAUGGCCUGCGCAACUCGUCCGUCUCCGAGGUGGAGGGCGCCGGCCGCAGCAAGGCCCAGCUGAUCGUCGGGAUCGAUUUCGGGACAACGUUUUCCGGCGUCGCAUACGCCUUUGCGACCAACAACGAGGCGAGGGAAGAUAUCAUCACCGAGUGGCCGGGUGCGGGGACACACACCAAGCAGAAGAUUCCCACCGUGUUAUAUUAUGAUCAGUAUCAGAAGGUGGUGGGCUGGGGCCCCGAUAUUGCCGACGCGCUCGCGCCGACCGGGUAUCCCAAGCAUGGGGUGCAGAAGGUGGAAUGGUUCAAACUGCAGCUGAUGCUGUCCGGAAACACGUACAUCGACCCCAUCAACCUGCCGCCGCUGCCGCCGGGUAAGUCGGAGAUCGACGUGGCGGCGGAUUAUCUGUUCAAGCUGCGGCAGGCGAUGCGCAACCAGCUCCAGAAGACGCUCGGCGAGGUCUUCACCCGCGAGGAGCGGAAUAUCCGCUACUACCUGACCGUCCCCGCCAUCUGGAACGAUGCGGGCAAGGCUGCGACGCGCUCCGCCGCCAUCCAGGCGGGUUUCCUGCGUGACGAGAACGACAACCGGCUGACGCUUGUCUCCGAGCCCGAGGCGGCCGCCCUGUUCUGCGCCAAGAGCGGCCUGCUCAACCUCAAGGUCGGCGAUGCCAUCCUCAUCGUCGACUGCGGCGGCGGCACCGUCGAUUUGAUCGCCUACGAGGUGGAGGAGGAGCAGCCGUUCAGCGUGGCCGAGUGCACGGCCGGCUCCGGCGACUCGUGCGGCUCGACCGCCCUCAACCGCAACUUCAGCAACAUCCUGCGCGCCAAGAUCCGCAAGAUGAAGCUGCCGGAUGGCUCGCGCACCGCGGGCAAGGUCUACGCCAAGUGCAUCAUGGACUUUGAGAACCGCAUCAAGGCCGACUUCCGCAACAACGGCUCCAAGUGGGCCGUCGACGUCGGCAUCGAGGCCGAUUUCCCGGAUGCUGGCAUCGAGGAGGGCUACAUGACCUUCACCAACGAGGAAAUCCUGCAGUGCUUCGAGCCGGUUGUCAACCGGAUUCUCGAAUUGGUCCGCAACCAAAUCAUCGCUAUCCAAGCGCAAAGCCGAUCGUUGCAGAACGUCCUUGUGGUUGGUGGAUUCGGAGCAUCGGAAUACCUAUUUCAACAGAUCAAACUGCACGUACCGCCGCAGUACCAGUCCAAGGUGGUGCGGCCGAUGGACUCCGUUGCGGCGAUUGUCAAGGGCGCGGUGACGGCAGGGAUCACCGAGCGGGUGAUCACGCACCGUGUAGCGCGGCGGCACUACCUGAUGGCCACGCUGCAGCCCUUCAAGGAAGGGUACCACCCAGAGCAGUACCGGGUUCCGAGCUUGGACGGGCGCGAUCGGUGCAAGUAUACCCGCCAGAUCUUCGUGCAGAAGGGGGAGCGCGUCAAGAUCGGCGAACCGGUCAAGGUCUCCUUCUUCCGCCAGGUCGCCCCGGGGGCGACCUUGAUGUACGAGGAUAUCUUGUAUGCGUGUGACGAAGAUGUGUGCCCCGAGUACACCAAAGAUCCUCGCAUCAAAGAAGUCGUGACAUUGACAUCCGACCUUUCACGCAAAAACCUCGAGACGGACUUUGAGCGUAUGGACACGCCGCAAGGCACGUUCUACCGCGUCUACUUUGACAUCUACCUCACCUUGGACGGUAGCGAAUUCAGCGCCGAGCUGGUCUGCCAGGGAGAGGUGAUGGGACGAUGCCGAGCAAAGUUCCGAUGAUACGCCAUACUUUCAAGCGUUCGUAUAUAGCAUUUUUCUUCUCCUCUUCUUCUUCUUCUUCUUCUUCUUCUUCUUCUUCUUCCUUUCAAUUUUCGUCAUCAUGGCGUCAGUUAGAUACCAUUUGGAUAAG